CUGGAAACAGCCUGGAAACAGCCUGGAAACAGCCUGGAACACUGUAACUGGAGGGCAGGUUGCUGCCUGAGCUCGAACACAUGACGCGCAGUAAACGGCGUGUUUGUGUUCGGUCACAGAGGAAUUAUUGUUCCGGCCUGAACGGGCUGUUCAGACAUGACUGAGCCUCAGCUGUCACGCAGGAGACUGUUCUGGACCUGGAGAACCGGAUCACGUCCUCCUCCUUCGGUCCUGUCGUCUGCUGAGACAUGCUGCGUGAAUAAAACUAUUAUCGCUGAACUGUUCUACUUCUUAAAAUAACUUGGUGAAGCUGCUGGAUCAUUGGGUGUGAUUCUGUGUUUGUUAACCUACAGCAACAAACCGGAAACCAGUCAAGCUCGACACAAAGAAAACAUCCGGUGGGGAGGGGGUUUUCAAAAUAAACGCCUCUUCUGAAGGGAACAAUGAUGCAACUUUGGAUAACUUUUGAAAACUGAUUCAUAUUUAGAUAAAAAUGGUAAAACACAGCAGUUAUUUCACAGAAAUGUCCAUUGUCGCGUGAUGACCGUCCACAGAAAGAAGGAUCAACACUUUCUGUUGAAAACUCAGACUUCUGAGUGAUCGCGACAAAUCCCAGUGUUUCCUACAGUCGGGCGAGCACCUGAACGCAGCGCGACGCGUCAGCUGCCUCCGUGUCCAACAUGGCGGCGCCCUUGCCCGGCAGGUGCGGCUUCUUCGUGGAGAAAAAGAAACGUUUCUGUAAAAUGAUCGUCGGGAAAGGAAAGGCCUUCUGUGGCGAGCACGCGACCAUGGAGGAAGGAAGCAGCAGGAGGAUCGUGUGUCCUCUGGACCCCAAACACACCGUGAGCGAAGACAAACUGGACAAACACCUGAAGAAAUGUAACUCCAGAGAGAAACCCACACCUGUUUACUAUGUGCAGAACAUAAACUCCGGACCGGCUGACGGAGCAGAGGCGCCGCGACAGGUGAGUCUGUCUGAGUGCAGCCGGACACAGCUGGAGUCUCUGCUGGGCAGACUGAAGACAGCAGUCACAGGACUGCAGUGUGAUGUGGACGACAGUGUUCGGUCUCAUCCGGUCCUCCAGGAGGAGAUCGACAACCCGAAGAACGGAGACUCCGCCCACAAACACCUGAAGCAGCAGUCCUCCAUCUUAGGUCACCUGGAGGCGCUGAGGCUGCUGGGAAGGGGGCGAUGCUUCGUGGAGUUCGGGGCAGGUCGAGGGAAACUGUCUCACUGGAUCCACGAAGCCCUGAAGACCUCCGACCACCUGAAGACCUGCGACGACCUGCAGCUGCUGCUGGUGGAGCGCUGCAGCACCCGCUUCAAGGUGGAUGGAAAACACCAGGAUGUUGGAGUUCAGUUUGAGAGGCUGCAGGUCGACAUUCAACAUCUGGAUUUAAGUAAAGUUCCUCUGCUCAGACAGAAGAAGCUCCCGCUGGUUGGAGUGGGAAAACACCUGUGUGGAGCAGCGACAGAUCUGGCUCUGCGCUGUUUGUUGGAAACACCUGCACUCAGGGAGGAGACUGGGCCGCCCCGAAAACGCCUCAAAACCUCAGGACCAGCUGAUGAUCCAGACUCUGGUCCUGGUCCAGACCCUGGUCUAGGUCCGGUACUGGGCCUGGCGGUGGCGCUGUGCUGCCACCAUCGCUGUGAGUGGCGUCAUUACGUCGGUCAGCAGUUCUUCCUGCAGCGAGGACUCGGACCUGCGGAGUUCUCAGCUUUCUGUCGGAUGUCCAGCUGGGCCACAUGUGGACUCAGACCGACCAAUCGGGACCGUCCACCUCAGGAGCCGACCAAUCAGAGAGGAGACGAUGAAGAGCACGAACCAGCAGAGGAGACAGAUGCUGUGAACGGGUUUCUGUCGGCAGCUGAACGCGAGCAGAUCGGUCGUCUCUGUAAACGUCUGAUCGACGGUGGCAGACUUGACUUCCUGAAGACGAAAGGAUUCGACGGUAAACUGACCGCUUACGUAAAGAGUCACGUGACUCUGGAGAACGUCUUGCUGACCGCCGUCCCCUCGUCUUCGUCCUGAAGGUCCGACUGCAGAGACGCUCAGACGGACCACAGAACAAAUCACACGAACUCAAACUGAGGUUCUAAAAGUCUUUAUUUGGAGUUCAUGUGUUCAAAUGUUUUGUAAAGUUUGUAUUAAAGGACUUUGCUUGUG